CGUUUAUUGAUGCUCUUCGUUGAGAUCAAACCGCUGGUGUUUGGUUGACGCGUCAAAAAAUUUGGGGUUGACUCGAAUUAAUUCGGAGCACGGAGUAACUGCUGAGGAUCACAUAGUAGGAUGCGCCGUCUUCGCCCAGGAUCAGAAUCCGGAACGGGUUGCGUUAUCUGCACGUGACAGUGCUAGAUCACCCCCUGGCCCAAAGCCGAUCAUUGAACGUGGCAGCUUCGCGGGCGCCAACGUCGAAGCCAGAGCCAAAGGGGGGAACAGCUACAACAACUUCAAGCAUUGGACUUCGUCACGUUGUUUUUUUGUUCCAAUCACCGACAUUUUCCUUAAAGUACCUAACAAUAAACCGACCCGUGCAAUUUCGCCAAGGACAUCAGUGCUGUAGCAGUCGCCAUCAUGAAAUUCCUACUUCCUCUCCUGUCGCUCAGCGCCGCUGCGAAUGCGCUGCAUUUCUUCAUCGACGGCACAACCCCCAGAUGCUUUUACGAGGAGUUGCCCAAGGAUACACUUGUCGUUGGACAUUACACUGCUGAGGAGUGGGAUGACCGAGUAUCAGCUUGGGUAAAGCAUGACGGUAUCAGCAUCUACAUCAACGUCGACGAAAUAUUCGACAACGAUCAUCGUGUUGUUUCUCAGCGCGGCGCUGCUUCUGGCCGCUUUACAUUCUCCGCCGCCGAUGCUGGCGACCACAAGAUCUGCUUCACCCCUUCGUCCAGCUCUGGCCGCACUUCGUGGCUCUCCGCCAAGAACCCAAAUGGCGGCAUCAAGUUGACUCUCGACUUGGUCAUUGGUGAGACCAACCAAAUCGAGAGCAGCGAUAAGGGAAAGAUCCAGGAUAUCACAUCACGUGUCAAGGACCUCAACGCUCGUCUUGCUGAUAUCCGCAGAGAACAAGUAUUCCAGCGUGAGCGAGAGGCCGAGUUCCGAGAUCAAUCCGAGUCUACAAACGCCCGUGUCAUUCGAUGGAUCAUCAUCCAGCUUAUCGUGCUUGGCAUCACCUGCACCUGGCAGCUUUCCCACCUUCGAUCAUUCUUCAUUAAGCAGAAGCUCACUUAGAGUAAUUGGUCGAUCAAUUUUUGUUUGCGAGUUGAGUCUUAGGCUUCAGUAGUCCAGGAAGAGUCAACAUGUCGUUUAUCGGGUCGGGUGUUGAUGGAUUGCGUACCAGAAAAGGAUAAAAGAGAUCGUUGGGCAUUCAAGCUACGGCGGGGAGGUCAUCUUGCAAUGGCGAUGGCCGUGUAAUGUUACAUGCACAUGAUGAUGGUUAUUAUAUCGUGUACCUAAAUGCAUACUCGAAAAGGUAGAACUGAGGACUGUGAUAAAGAUGGCGACGCCUUUUUCUUUUCCCAUUAUAAAAUUGCCAAAAGAACGACAACUCCCUAUAGUGCUCUAUCUUCGUUUCACAACUAAUCACCAAGCCUGUAAACUUCAAAUUCAUCCCCACGCUAACUGAUCUCUCCAUCUACACCAGGCAAGACUGGGUGCCAUCAGGCACACCGAUGAUAGCUUUCGUCUCGUGAGCGAUUACACAAAGUUAUUAUGGACAGCGUCAUAAGAAAAAAGAGAAGAAACAACCCAAACAAACCCAAAAAUGCUGCCCUGCACCGUCUCCUUGCGCCUUGCUGCGCUGCGCUGAAGAUUAAACGUGGUUUUAGUAUAUUUCGUAAUGGCUUGCCAGACAAGAGAAAGGAGUGCCCUCCGCCGUAGUCCCAAACGAGAUCUGCUUCCGCUUCAAAGGGUGUCAUGCAAGUAUAUCGACUGCUAAGAACGGUUCGUUGGCGGCCAAAGGGCUCUAUAAUGCCCAGAUGAUGGGGUUCGAGUUCGAAAACAGUGCGCUUUUGAAGGUAACCAAGAUGCAUGGGCGAAAGGCCCUGGACUUUGUUUGUGACUCGAACCAACUCGGUCGAGGUAAGCUCUACUGUGCCUAGGCAUCCACCACCUCAUCCAUCUAUAAACAGGACUGAGCUUCAGUUGGGCAUUUCAACCAUCAACCACAACCCGGUUCUGAAUAAAUCGGGCAACCCUCUUGAACCGGAGUCUGUCGACAUAAUACAGAUCCUGAUGCAAAACGCCGCAGCAAUGAAGAAACAAAGAAAAUUCUUAGCUGUAUACCAGAGUACGCUUAACCACAGCAUAGAGUCUUCAUCAACUUCUGGAAGCCACUGGGCUGAGGAUUGGCCUGUUGACCGCUAGCCUGAGCGGGCUGGGUCGCCUGGCCUUGUUGGGACGUCCUCGGCUGCUGAGGCAGGUUCUGGGCACUGUUCUGGAACUGAGCCUGGGUCGAGCCAGUGGGCGUGGCCAUGUCCCGAAGACCCCCAACCCCGCUCCCCCUCUGCGCUGACAAGGCGCCGGGGGCGCUUGGCCGAUCUCUCUGCUUGCCCAUCUGCUUGAUCGGAGACGGAGGAGGGGGUUGCGCGGCGUUUAAACGGCCGACAGUAAGGUUUUGUGCUUGUUGGUGAGAGGUGGUAUUCCCGGGACGGUGGCCGCUGUGCAGCUCCAUCUGAGAGGGGCCAGGCCGCACGUUGGGGUUGUGGAGGUACGCGCCGCUGUGGUUCUUCGAAUCCCAUCCCUUUCCCGAAUCCUUAGAAAUCUUCAUCCAGUCAUACUCGCCAUCCUCAACCUCGCCAGUGUUCUUGAGAGCCUGUGUGAAGAGCUCCCGGAGGUAAUCGUAGUCAGGAGUAUCCUCGAAGCCCAGAUUUCGGACAUACGUCAAAUACUUGGAGAAUUCCUCGGGGAAACCCUCACAGAGAUCCUUGAUAGCAGUUGUCUGCUUCUUCUCGCCAAUCUUCUCAUAUUUCUGCUUGUUGGUGGCCGCCUUCAAUCCCUGCCAAGGAAGACCACCUCGAAGAAAGUACAAGAAGACAUGACCAAGAGCUUCGAGAUCGUCUCGGCGGGACUGCUCACGGCCCAGAUGGGUGUUGAUACUCAUGUAUCGUGCAGUUCCAGAAAGGGACUUUCGCUCGCGGUAUGGGAUAUGUUGCUUCGUCUUCGGGUCACGGUACUGCUUGGCCAUGCCGAAGUCAACCACAUGGAUAACGCUGGAAGCCUUGGUGCCAGGGCGCCCAAUGAGGAAGUUGUCGGGCUUGAUGUCGCGGUAAAUGAGAUUCUUCUCGUGAAUGGUCUGAACCCUCGAAAGCAUUUGCUUGGCAACCAUGACAACCGUCUUAAUGGAGAAUCUUCGGCCACAGUGAUCGAAAAGAUCCUCAAGGGAAGGACCGAGCAAGUCGAUCACGAGAAUGUUGUGGAGACCCUCCUGGCCGAAGUAGUAAACAUUGGGAAUACCAGCUGAAUCUGUAUUAGCACAUGCGAACUGUAUUGUUUGGAAACGGGUCUUCUCACGGC